CAGAAUCUUAAACAAACAAAGAUAUGUCUCCAGCGUUACCUCGAGGGCACGCCCAAAUUCCUAACGAGACCCGAUCACCGGAGUACAGUAUAAAUCAAGCAGGUAGCACAGCAGCGUCCCAUAUCUAAAGCAAGAAGCAAGCCCCACUCCCUUGUGAGCGAAAGAGCUAGCCGCAGCUACCAACAAUGGCCAUCCCGGCUAAAGCCAGCAGCUCCUUCUCCGUCGCCUGCCUCUUGGCCGCCAUCUUCCUCCUCUCCUCAGCCCCACGGAGCCACGGCGGCAGCAUCGCCAUCUACUGGGGCCAGAACGGCAACGAGGGCACCCUGGCCGAGACCUGCAGCACGGGCAACUACGCCUUCGUCAACAUCGCUUUCCUCUGCAGCUUCGGGUCGGCCCAGGAGACCCCGCAGCUCAACCUGGCGGGCCACUGCGACCCCUACUCCAACGCCUGCACCAACCUCACCGCCGACAUCAACCUCUGCCAGUCCAAGGGCGUCAAGGUGAUGCUCUCCAUCGGCGGCGGCGCCGGCGGGUACACGCUCAACUCCGAGCAGGACGCCGCCGACCUCGCGAAGUACAUCUGGGACAGCUUCCUCGGCGGGAGCUCGCCCAAGCGGCCGCUCGGCGCCGCCGUGCUCGACGGCGUCGACUUCGACAUCGAGGGAGGGAACCCGGACUACUACGGCGCGCUGGCGGCGCACCUCAAGGCCUACGGCGGCAAGGGCAAGGGGGGCAGCAAGGAGGUGUACCUGUCGGCGGCGCCGCAGUGCCCGUUCCCGGACCAGUGGGUCGGCAAGGCGCUCCAGACCGGCCUCUUCGACUACGUGUGGGUGCAGUUCUACAACAACCCGCCGUGCCAGUACGUGCAGGGGGACACGGCCAACCUCAUGGACUCGUGGAAGCAGUGGACGUCGGGGGUCCACGCCAAGUACAUCUUCCUCGGGCUGCCGGCGGCGCCGGCGGCGGCCGGGAGCGGGUUCAUACCGGCGGGGAGCCUGGAGUCGCAGGUGCUCCCAGCGCUCAAGGGCUCCAGCAAGUACGGAGGGGUGAUGCUGUGGUCCAAGUUCUACGACGACCAGGACGGCUACAGCUCCGCCAUCAAGAACGCCGUCUGAUGAUGAUCGAUCUCAUUCCUGCACGGCCCGGGUUAUGGGAGCCGACAGUGGUGUGUAUAUAGUUGUGGCGCAUAUGGUCUGGCGACUGGCGUAGUUAAUUUAUCUGUGCGCACAGCGGGAUUUAUAUCGAAUAAAAGGAUCUGUCACCUGUACAGUGUUCUGCUGCUGGACUUACAGUCAACAUAUAUUAAAUCAUACUCCGUAAUUCUGACGAACGCGCCAGUCAUUUUCAAAUGAUACAAGACUAGAUAUGUGGCCGAGGCACUCUCAAAUAACACAUGGAUCAACGACAUCAGAUGUACACUUCCUGUCCAGGCCAUUGGAAUUCAUGGACCUGUGGCGUCUUUGUCUCGUACAGGAUGCUGCCCUGCGGCAGUUUAUUCAAUUGGCCAAGCCAGUGCUAUGAGCGGCCUCGUUUGCCUGGCGAUGAACAAAAUGAAGCUGGAAUACAUCAUGUGUUCAGCACCCCAGAAGAGGUUGCUCCCAUCAAAAUAUGGCAGAAUCAAGUUUGCCCAUACAUACAUUGAUACAAGAUCCACAGUGAAAUACAUGAAGACGACAGUUUCUAUUUCUUGUAUUGGCAUCCGAACAUGAGCUCGUUUACACAGCAGAGGAACCAGAAACAAAAAUGGACAACAAAAGAGAAGCGCCGCGGUUCUCUUCGCUGUCGUGGACGAUUAUACAAGCCAUGAAACGUCCUUUUAUCAUGUAACUUAUUCUUCUCAGUCUCAUACUGCUGCUGUACAUGGUCACAUGGACUUCCUUAG